AUGGAGCCUGACGCAUUUGUCGUUAUCGUACCAGGCACGGGUGAUCCUGCCGUCGAGAUUUGGAGUAUAGAUGGCUUUAGCGAUGAGCCACUUGUGCGCGAUCUCACCAAACACUACAUGAAUAUACAAGUCCUCGUACUUGAACAUGGCUUACCAGUCAAUGGGAAAGACUUCAAUCGGUGGACUCAAGUCAGGGACAGUUCGCACGCCAUGAUGCAGCUGAUCUACGAAUAUCGCGAAGAAAAUAAUACGAAGGCAAUGUCCAUACCCAUGGUUUUUCUGGGCCACGGUAUCGGAGGCAUAUUCAUCAAAGAUUUCUUCUGGAAGUCUAGUAGUCCUGAGCUCCGAGGCUUUCCGUCCCAAUGGCAUCAGAAUCUCGUCAACAACACAGUCGGCGUCAUCUUUCUUGGAACACCCCAUCUUACGUCCGAGAAUAUAGCAGAUCAUGAGAACAUCAUGGGCCUCGUGACAAGACCACCUACUUCGAGAAGGACAAAAAGCAUCGAUAGGAAGCUGCUGGAUCUAGAUCUCCAAAAUGUGUAUCUCCGCCUACUCUCUGAAGAGUUCGACACGUAUAUCCGUGCACACCGUCCUGACCUGCCUGUGUUAUCAAUUUGGGAUGGCCGAGAGAGCAAGGCAAUGCAAGUGGAAGAGCACAAGUUACUUGGACGAAGAUGGAAAGCGGAAAAAUAUGUGAUCGUUACCUACGAAUUAGCCAAGAUUGGCUUGCCAAACGAACAGAUGAUGGUAGCCGACUGUGAUCACUACGAGCUAUGCACACAUUACAAUCCUGAGUUUCGCCAGAGGCUCAUCGCCUUCUGUCAGGAGAAACUCCUAGAAGCGCAUGGCAGAAUGCUAGGAAGGCCAGGAAGCUCAUCCGUCGCAUCAACCGACGUUUUGGGCGAAGGGUCGAAAGUGCCCUCGCCUUGGUAA